AUGAUUUAGUAAUUAAAAGUAAAAUAAAAAAUAAAAGUGAUUAUGAUAAAUAUAGAAAGUCUGAAGGAGUUGGAUUCAUUUUCAAGUAGAUUCUCUCAGUAAAUAGUUGAAAUUACAUCUUUAAAAAUUUCUUUAAAGAAUCAAAAAAUUAAUGAAUUAUGUUCUUUAACAAAGCUUAUAAAUUCAUUACCCAACUUAACUAUGCUCAUUUUACAUUUUGAAAAAACAGAUAUGAAUAACACCCUAGUUAAUGCUCUUUAAAAUGCUAUUUCAGAAAGAAAAUUAAAAGAUGUUACCAUUCAUUUAUUAGGAAAUAAUAUCACUCAUAAAAAAGCUAAACAAUUUUUACUUUUUAUCAAAGAAAUGUAUCCUUAAGUUGGUGGUUACAAUUAUUAAUACAACAAAGGAAGAGUUAUGGUUUCAAAUAGCUCUUCUUUAUUAAAGAUUGACUUUUAAUAUUCUGAAAAAUAAUCAAUAUUUCUUGAUGAUCUCUAAUCAAAGAUAUUUUCCUUUGAAAUAAAAUCCAACUAAAUAGAUUUUGUCAAAAUAAUUUAGCAAAAUAUUUAAAAUAAAAUAGAUAACUGUCAUGUUUCAUUAUCUUUCAAAUAAAAAUGA